AUCAGCCGAAUUUCGCUGGGCAAAGCUGAAUUCGCACAGGGUGAGCUGAUUUGUGCUCACUCGAGUCUUCCGUGGCCGAAUUUUGCUCGGAAGUCACGGCCGAUUUUUGCAACCUUGACAAUCUCCUCGGGCGUCGCUUGCAGAAUUCGCAAACUGGCGAUAAAAAGUGAAGAUUGAAUUCAUUCGAGCAAAAUGCAGGAGGAGCCGGAAAAAAUCCCUCUUACCAAGAAAGGUCCAAAUUUGAAGAAACGAGCCGAGAAAGCUGCAGCCAAGGAGAGGCCGAAAGUAGACCCUGACUGGAGAUUGUACCUGAGGUUUCCUCACAAAAUCCCCGAGUACACCAUCAUCAAAGAAAUGCACCCGUUGAUCACAAAUGUAUCCCUGCCAAGACAAAAAAGCGCACGAUUCUGUUUUUUGGAGUUUGAAAGCGAGUCAGACGCACAACGAGCGUUGAAAGAACUGCAGGACUACAAAACUACCAAUGGAAAAAAGUUGUUCAUGAGCCUUGGCCGAAAGGCUGAAGACGACGAAGGAAAACUCAAAUUCCGAAUCCAAAAGACAGGACGAAAAAAUGUGUCAGUCAAGUAAAAAGAGACUGAAUUGUGGACACUUAUAACUAUGUACAUUUUUCUGCUUAUUAUCAUUAAAAAAGAGAAAAAUUACUUUCACAUUGUACUUUAAAUUUUGAAAUUAUAUUUUAAAAUAGAUGUCUAUUUUUUUUUUAAUAAAUUUGCACUCCAGCAAUUAUGAGGUUGA